AUGAUGGAUCUCCUUCUCAAGAACACCCUGGCCGAACGCCAGACCUCCAUCCAAUACGCCCUCCAGAACAACGAAGCCGGAGAGAUCGAAGCGGCCGUGGAGGGUGGGAAGUCGGAGAUGCGACGCCUCCUCAAUAUCGAAGGCAACGACCAGUGCGCUGACUGCGGCGCCACCAAUCCUGAAUGGGCGUCGCUGUCGCUGGGCGUCUUCAUUUGUAUCGAGUGCAGCGGCGUGCAUCGGGGCAUGCAUCUCAACGGGGCCCCGUCGAAGAUCCGAUCGCUCACGCUCGACAUGUGGGACGACGCCAUGAUCCGGUUUAUGGAGAAUAUGGGCAAUCGCAAGGCAAAUACGGAGUGGGCCGCCCAGUUGCCCGAGGACCACAAGCCACCAGCCACAUUUAAGGAACGAGUAGAGUUCAUCAGGAGCAAGUACGAACUCAAGAGAUACUCCGCGUUGAGCGCACAAAACAAAUAA